AUGGACACAGACGACAGGGUGACGGCGAGAGGGGGAAAGGAGGAGGAGGAGGAGGAAGUGGAAGUGGAGGGUGGUGAGCCGGCCUUGUUGGGUGUGGAGGCACCACAGGCUGAAGGGGACGUGGAGGUUGUUGGAGAGGGUGUUGGUAGCGGAGAGCAGGACGAUAGCAUGAGCAGCGCAGCAAUAGGGCACGGCGACGCCGACGGUGGCAGUGGCAGUGGUGAUGACGAUGCACAUGACACUUUCGAUGUGAUGUCCUUGCGUGCAAACAGAUCCAGUGUCAGCAGCGAAGGCAAAGGCACCCUUCCAAGGCGUCCAAGCGCUGCGCGGCUGGAAGCCGAUCUGUCAUCCCUGCGCACCGCACUUGCACAGACGGAGAGUGAGCGGUCCAGCUUGGAAUCGGAGGUGGUGGUCUUGCGAAGACAGCUGGCCGAGGCCACCAGCGUCGCCGACUCAAAGGACGAGGAGUGGUUCCAGCGUGUUGAGCAGCUGAAUGACGUGAUCAUGCAGCUGCGACAAGAGGUGCGCACGGCCAAGCAGCAGCAGCAGCAGCAGCAGCGCAGCGGCUCCCGGCGGUGGCGGCGAUCACGACAGCCACAACAACAACAACAACAACAACAACAGCAGCAAAAUGAUGGUGAUGGGGAGAUGGAUAUGGAGACGGCCCAGCGAGAGAGUGAUCUCUUGCGUGCCGUCGUGCAGCCGAUGGAACUCGAAAUUGCCCGGCUGCGGCGCAAGCUGGAGGAGGCGAAGAAGGACAAACCCGAUGACGAAGUCGCCAACAUUGAGAAGCUUUACGUGCGGGAGAAGUCGAAGACGCAUGACCUGCAGCAGCAGAUUGGAGUGCUGGAGACGCAGCGGCGCAUCCUCACAGACGAUAUGCAGGCCCUCAGGCUGGAGCUGAGCAAGAAGGAGGUUGCGUACACGGAGCUUGAAGUGACGUAUCAUCGGGCAAACGAAACGUUCAUGGAGGUCCAGGGGUCGUACGACCGGCAGGUGGAGGACCUGCAGCGGCAGUUGCGAAUGUGCGGCGGAAGCAGACGCCGGACGGGCACAACACGCAGUCGUGGCAGCCGCCGUGGUGGCAAUGGUGGCGAUGGUGGUACUGAUGGUGAUGGUGGUGAUGUUGAUAAGGGCGAUGAAGAGAAGGGUCGUGGUGGUGAUGGUGCCACUGGUCAUGACGAUGAUGGUGGCGAUGAUGGCGACGAGGACGAGAACCAGGAGGAAGAAGAUGAGCCGGAGGUGGUGCGUCUUCGCGAGCUGUUGGCGAAGGAGCAGAACAGGAGUGCAGUGCAGCUGUCGGCACUCGACCAGAACAUGAUCACCCUCCGCGAACACUUUGCAGCGCGAUUCGAGGAGCAAGAGCGAGAGCUCGUGAGACAGCGGGACCAAUAUGAGGCCACAAUCUCAACACAGCGCAUGCAGAUCUCCAAGCUGGAGGCCCGCGUGCAGCAGCUGCUGCAGCGCACGUCACCUGAGGCGGAGCACGGCAGCCACACCGCGCUCUGCAGGAACUACGAAGCGCAGCUUGUAGCGCGGCAGCUUGAGAUUGACCGGUUGAAGGAGCGCCUUCGUCGCGCCAAUGCGGACGCCGACGCCGUGUUGGCGGCGUCGCAGCAGGAGCACGCGCACGCGGCCCGCACAUACGCCCGCACCCUCAAGGACUCCAUGCACCACUACGAAGAGGAGUUGAACCGCCGCUACCGGCACCGCGUGGAGAAGCUCGAGAUUGAAGUCCACGAAGCUGUGACGUCGUGGCCGUUUGUGCUGUCGACAAUUGAGGAAUCGCAGCAGGCGACACAGGAGCAGAUUUCACAGUUCCAGCACAUGCUCCAGCAGGCUGUGGAUGCCAAGGCGAGGGAGGCGACCCGCCUUCGGGCAACCAUCGACGAAAUCGCAGAGGAGCUUGCGUCAAAGACGAGGGAGGCGGAGAUGCUGAGCACGACGCUCUUGGAGCGAGACGUCACCAUCGAACACCUACAGCACGACAACCAGCAACUGCAGGACACCGUUGCUGACCUCGACGUGAAGCUGACAGCGCACGAGGAGGCGAUGAAGGAGUUGAAUGCCCGCUGUGAAUCGACCGCACACAGCAUAGACCAGCUCACGAUUGAAAAGCAAAAGGUGGAAGCUGAGCUCGCCAACUUGAAGAAAGGCAAGAGUGGUAAGAGGUGACGAAUUCUAUUGAAAACCUUGAAAUAAAUUUCUACAAUCGCA